GGGCGGGAGUAAACAUCCGGUGUGGGCGUCGGCGGAAGUGUGAGCCGUUCCAGGCUGUGGCUGCGCUGGCCGCGUCUGGCGGGGAGCGAAGGCGGGGCUGGGUCGGUUCCGGUGAGGGUCCGGAGCGCGGGUUGGGUUGGGCCGGGCGGGCGGGCAGGCGGCCCGGCGGCAUGGGCUGGUGCGCGGCGCGCUGAGGUGGACGCGAGCUAGGGGCAUGGCCGGCGCUCGGGCCGCCGCCGCCUCCUCGUCGCCCUCGUCCGGCUCUUCCUCCGCUUCCUCGUCGUCGUCCUCGUCGUCGCCGCCGCAGGAGCCGGGGCUGGCCGAGCUGCUGGAGGAGUUCUCCCGGACCCAGUAUCGGGCCAAGGACGGCGGCAGCGGCGCGGGCAACGCCAAGGUUGAACGAAUUGAGAAGAGAUGUCUAGAGUUGUUUGGCCGGGAUUACUGUUACAGUGUGAUCCAGAAUUUGAAUGGAGAAAUCUGUGGCCACUAUCCCCGGUACAUUGUGUUCUUGGAGUAUGAGAGCUCUGAGAAGGAGAAAGACACGUUUGAAAGCACUGUGCAGGUGAGCAAACUGCAGGACCUUGUCAACCGAAGCAAGAUGGCCCGGUGCCGCGGGCGCUUUGUCUGCCCAGUCAUCCUCUACAAGGGCAAGCAUAUUUGCAGAUCAGCAACCCUGGCUGGAUGGGGGGAGUUAUAUGGACGCACUGGGUACAACUAUAUCUUCUCAGGGGGCUCAGAUGAUGCUUGGGCAGAUUCAGAAGAUAUCACAGAGGAUGACUGUACACUUCGAAGUGCUGACAAUCAACUUUUUGAUAAGGUUAGAGGACAUGACAUCAAAUUGCUUCGGUACUUAUCAGUCAGAUACAUCUGUGACCUAAUGGUGGAGAACAAGAAGGUUAAAUUUGGCCUAAAUGUAACUUCUUCUGAGAAAGUGGACAAGGCCCAGCGAUAUGCCGAUUUCACGCUUCUUUCCAUCCCAUAUCCAGGCUGUGAAUUUUUCAAGGAGUAUAAGGAUCGGGAUUACACAGCAGAAGGACUUGUUUUUAACUGGAAACAGGAUUAUGUUGAUGCACCAUUAAGUAUCCCUGUCACUCUGACUCGUUCUUUGAACAUUGACUGGAAUGAGUACCAGAGCUGGGACCUGGUGCAACAAACACAGAACUACCUGAAGCUUCUGCUUUAUAUAGUCAACAGUGAGGAUGACAGCGGGCUGUUGGUGCACUGUAUUUCAGGCUGGGAUCGGACACCUCUCUUCAUCUCCCUCCUACGCCUUUCCUUAUGGGCAGAUGGGCUGAUCCAUACAUCCCUGAAGCCUGCUGAGAUCCUCUAUCUGACUGUGGCCUAUGACUGGUUUCUCUUUGGCUUGGGCCUUGUUGUGAGUGGGCUCAUUUCCCUUUCUUUCUUCAGACACAUGUUGGUAGAUCGACUCAGCAAAGGAGAGGAGAUUUUCUUCUUCUGCUUCAGUUUUUUGAAGCAUAUCACCUCUGAGGAAUUCUCUGCUCUGAAGUCACAAAGAAGGAAGAGCCUUCCAGCCAGGGACACAGGCUUUACUGUAGACGACCUUUGUAGCAUGAAAAGUAGGGAUCGGGGUAGCACAACUAGCCUAAGUAGUGACUUCUCUCUCGUCACCGAGAGCUCGCCAGGAGCAACUGGCAGCUUCCCCUAUGAAUCUGUGGACCUGAGCUCAACGGCAACGCAGUCACAGGCUGCCUGGAGGAAGAGUCAUACAUCUUCUCCCCAGACUGUGCCCUGGAACCGUCCCCAGCAAUCAGAUGACAGACAGCCUUCCUGUCAAGGGAUUGUGGAAGCCAAGUUUUCCAGUUCCUCAUCCUCUAACCACUCUGACAACUUUUUCCGAACAGGAAGUAGUCCCCUGGAAGUCCCCAAAACCAGAUCAGAGGACCACUCCUUGCCUGGAUCCUCCAUCUCUACAGACUAUGGCAGCUGGCAGAUGGUAACAGGCUGUGGCAGUAUUCAGGAGCGGGCAGUCCUGACCACAGACUCCUCUCUCCCUUUCAGCUUCUCGGAUGAGCUCCCUAACAGUUGUCUGUUUACUGCACCAACUGAACGGGAAUCCAGGCUGGAAGAAGUCCGUUCCACCUUCUUGGCUACCUACAGCAGCACAGUGGGACUCAAGUCAGUGACGCCCAGCCCCUCGGGGGCCAUCGGGGGCCUCCUGGAGCAGUUUGCACGUGGUGUGGGACUUCGAGUAUCCAGCAGCACUCUGUGAACCAUUGCUGACUCAGACAAUCACCUGUCCUGCCCCCUCCCCAGUUGAGCCACUGGAGGAAUCAAAAGCCAUGAGAGCCCUGAAGCAGAGGGUUUCCCCCCAGAUCCUCAAGGAGCCUCUUGCUACCACUUGGCAGCCCAAGGGAAUGUGCCCCAGCUGUGAGCCGUCUCUGCAAAACUAAACUUCUGAUGCCCACCGCCCUCCAUCCCCGUUUUUGGUCUUUGGCCUGGUCUACAAAGCCUUCCUCCUCUUCCCACACACCCCUUCAAGUUCUGGCCAGCCCCUGGCUGGCUGGUCCUUUCACAGUUGGAAGCAGCAGUGCUCUGGGAACCGAGGGAGAGGCAGCAUUUCUGGGAGGAAUCCCUUGGUUUUUAUUGCUGGGGGGGUGGGGGAGGUGGAAGUCACCUGCACUGAGGAGAAAACGAUUGUGACACAAAUAAUAAAAAUGUUGGACUCACUCUCA